AUGUAUAUCAACUUUUUUACUCUUCUCAACAUCAUUUUUAAUUAUAGCGAUUCGCUUUCGGAUCGAUUCUACACAGCGUUGUAUCGGAAACUUCUCGUAGAUGUACCACCCGCAAGUUACAAUCAGUUAUUGUUGCUGCUUUUCAAAGUGUUGAAAGCGGAUCCUUCUGAUUAUCGUGUUCGCUCGUUUGUGAAACGAUUACUCCAGGCAGCAACAUGUGCAGCGCCUGCGUUGACUGCUGGCAUACUCAUACUGGUUUCACGUCUUCUAGAAACUAGAAAAGGCUUGAUUGUCGUGGAGAAACAAAUCGAUCGCAUAGCAAUUCAAAAUGCUAAACUAGGCGAUGAUGAUGAUGAGGAGCAUUAUGUUGACAUCGGUGUGGAUGGUAAACCAAUAGAACCGAUCAAGAAAGAGGAGGUAAGAAUUUUCUGAAC